AUUCAAUCAACUAUCAAGAAAUGGCAUCGAUGACCAUGACAGCCACAUUCCUACCUGCCGUCGCUAAGCUUCCCUCAGCCACCGGCGGACGAAGGCUCUUGGUGGUCAGAGCUUCAACGAGCGAGAACACGACCGGCUUAGAAAUCAAGGCCAAGGAGGAAAAGAACAGCACCACAAUGAGGAGGGAUCUCAUGUUCACGGCGGCGGCUGCGGCGGUUUGUUCCUUGGCUAAGGUAGCCAUGGCGGACGAGGAGGAGCCCAAGCGAGGGACAGAGGCAGCUAAGAAGAAAUACGCUCAAGUUUGUGUCACAAUGCCUACGGCCAAGAUCUGCCGCUACUGAUUCAACAAUUUACCUUCCCAUAUGUCUCUCCCUCUCCCUUUCAAUUUCGGUAAAGUUUCAUAAUUAAGUUUGGUAUGUAAUCAUAUAUUUGAUCCAUUCACUAAAAAACCCUUUUGUCUUUCGACUAGAA